AGUAGCAGACAAAUAUUCGAUAGAGCCAAACUAGACAUUAAUAAAAUUUAAAAAAACUCUACUAGUUUUUUUUAAUAAUCUCAUUGCUAAAUUACCGAUCAGUAUGCUCAUUAUUUUUGUUGUUGCCCUGUCACUGUUUCUCAUGUACAAGAUUGUUGAAAAAGCUAACGGUUUUUGGAGAAGGAUGCGCUUUAUGAAAACGAAACAUGUGGGCUUCGUAAUCGCUCAUCCAGAUGACGAAUGUAAUUAUUAUGGACAAGGAGUCCGACGAGUUGCUGAAUUAAUGGCAAGUUGUUCCAAAUUGGGAAUUGAUGGAAGUAAAGUGACAAUCUCGGCAGAUGAGGCUUUUCCUGAUAACCCAAAUGUGCAAUGGGACAUUGAAAAGCUCGCCUCUCGAAUUAAUGCAUUUAUCCGCGAUAGGAAACUCGAAAUGCUCAUCUCAUUUGAUGAAUAUGGAAUUAGCGGACAUCCUAAUCACUGUGAUAUAAGCAAAGCCUUGCGAACCCUAAAAGAAAAUUAUAGUACUGGGAGAAUUCCAAUUUACGUUUUAGUAACAACAAAUAUGUUUAGAAAAUAUUCGUCAUGGAUGGAUUUAAUAUGGAGCUUUGUAUCCGAAAUUUUGAUAGUAACAAGACUUACAAACGUUCUUAAAACUCAGAAAAUUAUUUAUAAUAUGGGAAAUAAUCAAACUACUUUACAUAUAUCUGACUUUCAACCGGCGGAAGAUGAGAAUAAGACUUUUGUACCUCACGUUGAAGAACCAAUUCCAAAUGGGAUUUCAAAUGAUAAACCUAUAACGCCUAUAAUUAAACCUGCGAACUUGAAUGGAUCUUUAAAACCCCAAGCUCCUCCUAGAAAGGUUGCUCCUGGUAGGCGGAAAAAGUUGAGAAAUAGAAUUCCUUUACAACCCAUUCAGGAGGAGGAAAAUGAACCGGAACCAGAGCCACUUCCUCCUCGAGCUCCACCAAGGAAGAAAAAAUUAGCAAAAUUUGACCACUCCCCCCUUCCCUCUCCCAAAAGUAGUCAUGAAUCAAAAUUUUUAAGUGACAUUGAUAAAUUAGCAAGAGAGCAAAGUAUUCCAGAAGAGCCAGAAGACGAUUGGGAAGAAAUUGAACCAGGUAAACUUGACGAUUACAAACCUCGAAUACAACAAGAGGAAGAGCCAAAACUUGACAUAGAGACUGAGCAAGAAGCCGAGAUAGAGUCUGAGAAAGAAUCAGACAAAGAGACAGAACCAGCGUCACCUCAAGCAAAACCAUAUAAGAGACAAAGAGAGCCAAUAAUAGAGAGACCACCAUCUUCAAUAGAUGAAAAUGAGUCACCAGAAUUCGAAAAUUACGAAGUAUUUGAUCCGAAAUCAUUUAAAUUGGAAGAAUUACCGAAAGAGAAGACCGUUUGGGAAAAGCUCAAAUCCGAAUUAAUAACUGCCGUUGCUAGUAGAGUAGAAUUCGACGAAAGUCUUAUUCCUAAAAAAUCGAAGAAACCAGAAAAAUUCAAAGAAGAUAUUAUUAAAGCCGUAAAAGAAAGAGAAAAUCGAAGAAAGAAGGGAGGUUUACAUAUGAGAAACGUUGGUCCACUUCCUGUUUGCACUACUGUUACGGAAGAUGAUGUUACAAUUAAACCUCCGGCAAGAAGAAAAAAAAACAAGUUAAAAAAAAAGAUAAAAUCCAUGAAAAAUAAUGUUGUAAAAGCCUUUGACUCCUUCUCGCGUUCCAAAAGACCUAAGAGUAUUCAUAUUAUGGAAUUGAAGAAUAACGAAUUUGAUUCUCCACCAACUUCCCCGGUAAGAGUUCAUCAUGUAGAGGAAAUACCAUUCUUUGCCUAUGAUGAAAAAGAUGAAGAGGUUAUACGAUUACCGAAAUCUGAGAAAGUUUUUGUAACUGAUGACGGAAGGACUAUUCGCUCCAGCGAGGUUACUAAACUUAAGAGAAAAUCUUCUGUGAAAGAAGACAAAAAGAUAAAAGACGAUUCUUUAAGUUCUGUGGAAAACGAAAGAAAAGAACUUAUGUCAGCUGAACUUGAAUUUAAGACUGUUAGAAGCUCAACGAGUGCGUCAGAUUCGAUAAAAGGUAGAGUACUACUGUCGUCGCCUGAUAGAGACUCAAACGAAUUAGGGGAAUUUGAAUUAGCUACUGAAAAGGAUUUAGAUAAAUUUCAUAAUAGCGACGUUGACGAUGAUAUGGCCUUAUACGUAGUAGCUCCCGAGCAUAAUCCAUGGAGCUCGUCUUCAAAGGAAAAUUCUCCUCGCUCAGAAAAGAAUGAGAUGUCUAAGAGAAGUUCACCUCGUUCUGAGACAUCAUCUCCUUAUCCUGCAUCAAAUAUCUCUUCAAAUAACUAUCAAAUGCCCAAUUUUUUUAUGCCAACUGCUUUUUAUCCCUACCCUGGACCUGGCAACUAUUCUGCAUGGACCCAACCCCCUUGGGUCUAUCCUGAACCUUCUCCUAGUGUUACAACCGCAACGUCACCUAGGGAAUCAGUUCCAGCAGACGAUAUCGAUCAACAAAAUGCUGAGGACGAAUUAACAAGGCGGCGACGCCUCCUUUUAGCACCAAUUGGAUAUAGGCCUGUAAAAUUUAACCCAACCGCCAGUUUAAAAUCGGUAACAUUACCGAAUUUCGUCAGUCCAAAGCCCUAUUCAACACCAUCCAUUAACGAAAAACCCGAAGAACAAGAAGAAAAAGAAGAAAAAAAAGAAAAAGAAGAGAGAGAAGAGCAAGAAGAAGAAGAAAAAGAAGAAAAAAAAGAAAAAGAGGAAAAAGAGGAAGAAAAUGAAAAUAUUUCUACUGCAAAAUGAUAUAUAUAUAUAUAUAUGUAUACAUCUAUUUAAACAAUUACAGUAUAAACGUAUAUACAAUACAUAAUCUAUAUGAAUAUUGUAUAUAUAGAGUAGGAUUAAUUAAAUUUAAAUUAUUUAAAUACUAAUUAUAGAGUCGUA